ACGAGCUCCAAUUGACAGUGCGAGACUGAUGCUGCCCUUGUUUCAAGAACGAACUACGCGCCCGAAAUAUAAUGCUCUUCCCAGCAGUUUAUUAUAAGAACCUCUGCACAUUUGUGCUCUCGACGCAUCCUGGCAUGAUAAAGGAGCUAAAAAUUUAUAACCAUAUGCCUAGUUCAGUGACCUCCAACCCGUCUCGCAAGCGUCAGCAUCCUGAGCCCCAUCCAUCCGACAGGUCGCGAUUUCGGAAAAGGCAGAAGCUCAAUGUGUCGGCAUCAGCAUAUUGGGAUAACCUGUCAAAGAUUUGGUUAACCAAAGAUGCAUUAGACGAGUUGGAUCGAAGAAACAGCCACCUGAAACCACUCAAGAACCAUCAUCAACCUCUCACUCAACAAUUUCACACUGAGCUGAGAAAGCACUGUAAUCCUUUUCAGUUUGCUCCGGCCUUUCUCCGUGAUUGUGCAGCUUGUUCAAAGCAGAUAAAAAGGGUUUCCAGAUUGGGAGGACCUGACCUAACUGACCUUAGAAAUUAUCCUAAACCAGAAAACUUCCUUGAAAAAGCAAUGAGCUCAAGGUCCCGGAGUAGAAAGCGACGCGCAGGUUCUCCUCCAUCAACAAGAGCAGAUACAAAGGGUACCACCAAGUCCACGAGCACCACACCCUAUAAUCAUACCCACGCAUCUAAAGAACAACCAGUCACAACAUCAGUGAUUCCUAUCAUUGAAGGUGACAUUGAUGAUCCCAAAUGCGCCGGAGGGGGAUACCCACUUGGAAAUCUUGCCCCCUUAACUGAUGGCACACUGGCUCAGGCCAAGUCAGAUCACUUCUAUGGCGCGCGUCCUGAACAGCUUGAUUGUCAAAUCUGCAACAAACUUAGUGAUCAUAUUAUUCCAUCAACACAGGAUGACCUUCCAAUGGUACCGAACUUCUUUUUGGAAGCAAAAGGCCCUGAUGGAUCCUUGGCUGUGGCUACACGGCAGGCUUGCUAUGACGGCGCACUAGGAGCUCGGGGUAUGCAUGCUCUUCAGUCAUACCAACAAGAUGGAUCAACUUAUGACAACAAUGCUUACACUCUUACAUCAACUUAUCAUGGCGGUACACUCAAGCUAUACACAACUCAUCUCACUGAGCCCGAAGGCCUAGGCCGUCACCCUGAGUAUAUUAUGACUCAGCUCAAAGGCUGGUCAAUGACCAGUGACCCAGGAACCUUUCGGCACGGAGCAUCCGCAUACCGAAAUGCUCGGGACUGGGCAAAGGAAAGGAGGGAUGAGUUUAUUAUGGCAGCAAAUGAAACGCACGCAAAGGCCCAAUCUCAGCUUCUUCAUUCAACCUCUCAGCGCCAGACGGCUUCCGAGGCAGCUCUCACCUUGGACAACUCUGAUCUAUCGACAUUGUCCGACCACACAGAGUAUCAAGACACGCAAUGGAGCUUCGCGGAUACAACCGAAGAAGGAGGAGGAGAGUCUCAGAUUCUUAGUAGACACACCAAGAAGCCGAGAGUUGGCUCCAUUGUUGAAGCUUUGCAAACUAUCCGACGCCACACUUCCAUCAUGAGUACCCGGACAACUCGAACCCGUAAGAUCAAGGGAUCAAAACCUGGCUCAGUGGAUACCAGAUACGGCAGUGAUUCAAGUUCUGCUACAGAACAGAAUGAUAGUAUUGACCAAGGAACAACCAUGGCCGAGAGGGCCGAGCAACAGAGCUCCUUUGACUCUUGGGAAAACAUCUCCCUGAGCUCUACUGAUUCAAUGAGACCAACAUCUCCGGUACCGGUGACACAUAUUUGGGAAUUGGCAGCUCAUGAUUCUAUACACUGUGAGGAAAACACCGCUGAGGAAGCCGUUCAUAUCAUUCUCUCCGGGAAUCCACUGAAUCUCCAACCUUUGAGAUGUAUGUAUAAAUCUCUUAGCCAGGAAGAGGUGAGCUACAUCCGGAAGAGGCUGGAAGAAUAUACAGAAGAAGUGAGACAGCAUAUUCAUAAAUUAGAUGACUUUGACUGUGCAGUCAUCCUCGCGGAUGCCAGGACCCUAUUUUUGUAUAUUGCACUCCUGAAGUUGAUGAUCAAAAUCCAACAGACUGAGCCACAAUCCAAGAAGAGAACCAUGCAACCCGCUGGGGAUGCAGGCCAGGGAAACUGUGGAAAGCGGCGGCGACGACAUUAG